GCAGCGGGCUGGGAUGGGGCAGGGAGGGAGCAGAGCUAACCCCAGCCUGCCUUCUGGCCCAGCCAAUGGGCCAUGGUAAUUAGAUCUGGCCAAUGUGGGCCCUGGGCUCCGGCCUGGGGGCAUAUAAGGGGGGCCCGGGGCAACAGACCCCUCAUAUCACUCAGAGGUCUCCUCUCUCUCACCCCACUCCUUCCUCUGCACCCAUCUCUCCAUCCAUUCCUUUCUUCAGCCAACAUGGACGUCUUCUCGCCAUCCCAGGUCUACUACGACAGAGCCUGUGCUUCGUCCCCGGACAGCCUGGAGUUCGGCCCCGGCAUGGAGCUCGAUGGCUCCGAGGAGGACGAGCACGUGAGGGUCCCCGGAGCCCCUCACCAGCCGGGACACUGCCUCCAAUGGGCUUGCAAGGCCUGUAAGCGCAAAUCCAACUUUGUGGACCGCAGGCGGGCUGCCACCAUGCGGGAGCGCCGGCGGCUGAAGAAGGUCAACCACGCUUUCGAGGCUCUGAGGCGCUGCACCUCGGCCAACCCCAGCCAGCGCCUGCCCAAGGUGGAGAUCCUGCGCAACGCCAUCCAGUACAUCGAGAGCCUGCAGGAUCUGCUGCGAGAGCAGGUGGAAAACUACUACGGCCUACCUGGAGAGAGCAGCUCGGAGCCCGGGAGCCCGCUGUCCAGCUGCUCCGACGGCAUGGCUGACAGUAACAGUCCAGUGUGGCAACAUCUGAAUGCAAACUACAGCAACAGUUAUUCAUAUGCAAAGAAUGACAGUUUAGGCGAUAAGGCAGCCGGAGCCUCCAGUCUGGAGUGUCUCUCCAGCAUCGUGGACCGGCUGUCCUCGGUGGAGUCCGGCUGCGGACCGGCGGCUCUGAGAGACAUGGCUACCUUCUCCCCGGCCAGCUCCGACUCGCAGCCCUGCACGCCGGAGAGCCCCGGAUCCAGACCCGUCUACCACGUCCUGUGAAGAAAACUCUGACGUGGAUAUAUUGCCACGGGCGGGCGGCCGCGCUGCUUUUUCACCACAACAACAGCUGCGUUUGCAACAAGAGAUAAGAACUUAAGAGUUUUGAGACUCAGCUGAAUCUGAGGACCUGUGGCGAGCAGCUUUUAUAUUGUACAUGAGAUUGUAAAUAUGUAAUGUAAAUGCCCAUUUAUUCUAUACAUGCUAUUAUACCCAAUGAGACAUAUUUAAUUAUGACAGUUAAUGUUGCAUUAUUCCAACAUGAAGUGGUAUUUAAGCGGUUUUGAUUCUAAACGGGAGGCCGGGGUUGGUCGGCACACUUUUUUUACUCUCUGGUGUAAUUUAUGUAAGAAUAUCUUAACCUGCAGCAAAUACAAGGUUGAGAUUUCAGCUGUAAGUAAAUAUGUUUUCAUGUGAAAAACUAUUUUCUAAAGUUAGGUGAUUGAUGAUUUAAGACAUGUUGUGCCAACUAGCCGAACUGAUAUGGAAUUUUUGCUACCACUACAAAUUUAAGAGGGCAAAAAUUCAAUAAUUUUUUAGCUUGAAUUAAAAUAGACCUUAUUUAUGUGACUUUUGUGCAUUUUUUUGCACCAUUCUGACUACGCAAAGGUACUCAGAAGGCUACUUCCUUCAACAAAUAACUUUGUUAAUGAAUAUUUAACAUUAUUAUCCAUUAUCCACACUGUGUAUUAUAUUAUACAGCCAGUUCUAGACAUUAACUAGAUACAUUUUGAACAUUUAAGUCAAACAAAAACCAAAAAACUUGACAUUUAAUAGAAUAUCUGCUAUUUUUUUUAAACCAAACAAUAUUUUUUUAAGUAAUUCAUCAGUAGGAAAGUAUCAUUAUUUAUGCCAUUUAUCAUUCACAAAUAUUUUUAAAAUUAUCCUAUUUUGAAAAUCUUUCAAAAAUAACCCUUAAUCUCUUAAACAAAUCCACCCCAAAACAUGCAUUAACUGAUUGACUACAUUUACAGCACAUGUGCAAACCAACCCCGCUCAUAUUUUACCCAAAAUUUUUUAUUUUUUCACUCAUCACAGACUUUCCUAUCUUAUAUCAAAAUGUAGAAGAUUUCUGUCUGUUAACUAGAAGUAACACAUUUCCAAUACCUCUUAUCUAACAGGGUUUUAUAAUAUGUUUAGUUCACAACUUUUGAUACUAUAAACUGAAUUUUGAUGUUAUAUUUUUGUAAAAUAUCUCUGUGCCAACCAACCCCGGUCUCUCCUACUUUCUAUGUUGUCAUGAACAUUAAAUAUUUCACAGUUUUGUAUAAAAGUUUGAGCUUCUUCUUCUGUUUUUAUUGCGACCAUGUGUUCAGAUAUUAAUCACCACAUUAACGUAGGAGGUGUAAAAGUUUUGAAGAAAUUAGUUGACUUAGGGUUGUUCUUUCUAAUAAACGUGAAGACACCAACAACAUGAAUGUCAGCAAAAAAAAACAAA